GCUCUUGUAUACGGCAACCGAAGCGCGCAAUAGAGCCGCGGGGGACGCGUGCUCGCCGGUACUUCGUACAUGUGCCGACGGUAGCUGUUUCGGACCGUCAGAUGGAACCAAACGCUCCAAGCAUAGCUGGGGACUGCGUGGAUUGCCCUUUUGGACAAGGGCAGAAACUCUAUUCGGUCUGCUGGCAGUAGUCUAAGUUCCUAGGUAUGCCUUACCAUCUUACCUACUAGGUCCAGAGGUUGAGUAUGCUCAAGGCCCGUGCCCGGAGACAAGGUUGCUGCCAGUGUCGCAGGAGGCCGCGGUCCCGCCGCGCCCGUCGCAAUCAAAAGGCAGCAUCAAUCAAAUCUUUCAACUGAGUGAGAGACGAGGCACAGACUGCCGACGCCGACGUUGGCGACAGCUGCCAGGGCAGGGCCUUCCAAGUCCCGACGGGAGUUAAUAUGGAAGUAAGUUAAUACUAAGUUACUUAAAGGCAGGCCUGGUAAGCGCUUGGCCGUGCAGGCCGUACCCCGGCUCGUGCUGCCAGCCGUCCCCGCUUAGCAAUCCGUGUACCACGACCGUAUGCUUAAGUUGCUAGUGAGCGACCACCACCCGCAUUGGCCAUCCCACCUUGGACCUUGAAAAUCCUCAGCCAAGCUCACCCGAGUGAAUGACACGCAGCUGCAUAGGUGAAACGGUCCGUUGACGCCUCUCGAAUCGCUUCGCCGGCGCCAAUCCUGCUGUCUCCUGCUCGCUUGCCACCAGCCCGCUCGUCGCGAAUACCGGAUCGUCCUUGCUUGGGCGCCGAAGCCGGAGCAGCCGCACCGCCUUCCUACCGUCGGACCCUCAUCACUCGGCACCGACAACCUGAGGCAGCGGCAUCAUCAUGGCGCUCGUGUCCAAGCCGGCCGUGUCCUUCUUGGGACCCGUGGCGUCCUACUCGCAUCAGGCUGUGCGCCAAGUCUUCCCCGAAAACAUCUGGGACUUGAAACCCGCGGUCACCAUUGAUGACGUCUUCAACCAGGUCCAAGGCCGCGAGGUCCUCGCGGGCGUGGUGCCGCUUGAGAAUUCCUCCAACGGCCCCGUCGUCUUCACCUUGGACAACCUGGCUGAUAGAGACGGCCGCUACAAGGACAUCACCGUCCACGGCGAGAUCUUCGUCGAGGUGCACCACUGCCUCGUCGGCCACAAGAGCCCGCAGCCCCGUGCCGAGGACAAUGCCGAAGGCUCGGGCACCUCUACCCCGACCGCUGCGGACCCGACCCCGGCCAAGCCAAGGGCCAAGCCGCUGUCUAGUCUCAAGCACAUCAAGCGUGUGUACUCGCACCCGCAGGCGUUUGGCCAGUGCAACGCCUUCAUCUCGACAUAUCUCAAGGGCGUCGAGAUUGUCGACACGAGCUCCACGAGCAAGGCCGCCGAGAUUGUGAGCCAGGAUGGGAACGGCACCUGGGCUGCCAUCUCCAACGAGCUUGCCGGUUCGCUUCACGGGCUCGACUUUCUCGCCAAGUCCAUUGAGGACCGCGAGGACAACACGACGCGCUUUCUCAUCAUUGGCACCAACUCGUCGGUUCCCAAGGACUGGCAACUUCAGAAGCAAGAGUCCGCUUCCGCGCCGAGCAACAAGUCGCUCGUGUCCUUCACCGUGCCGCACACAUCCCCCGGCGCGCUCGCGGACGUGCUGAGUUGUUUCAAAGAAUUUGGCCUCAACCUGACGAGUAUCAAUAGCCGCCCGAGUCUCAAGGCGCCGUUCCAGUACAUCUUCUUCGUUGAAUUCGAUGGCCAUAGGUAUCAUGAUCCGGAUGGCAGAGUCUCGGGCGCCUUGGACAAGAUCAGUCGUGUUGCAGAGAGUUGGCGGUGGUUGGGGAGCUGGGAGAGAUAUAAGUAAUCCCUUACCAACCAAAAGGCGCAACAAGGUAUAAUCCGUAUAUUUCGUCGUCAGCGAGGUACCGUGGGUUGUACUGCAGCGCCUAGCGUGGGAAAAGCGGCUGAAGCGAGGCGGCGGACUUGGUUGCAGCCCUUCGACUCCCAAGUCACGUCCAUAUACUCAGACAAUAAAAACUGCAUUCAGCUUUGCUAAUAAGCCAACCUGCGGUGCCAAUGCCCUCCCGGUUUCAUUGUCUUUGGGGAGCAGUCACAGAUCC